GUUUAUUAUACCUCUUUCUUGUACUAUUUUUUGAUAGAUUGCAAGCAUUUUAAGAAAAAUUGAGGACCCUUAUUUUUCAUGCGCACUGGGUUACAAAUGCGUUCAAACUGAUCUGUAUGGAUCUUUUACUUCACUGUGGAUUUUUUAGUGUUCUUUAUCUUUCUAAUGUGAAAUCUAUUUCGUUUAGGUUAAAUAUUACUUGAUCUUUGAAAAUUCUUAGUGUAAGAUUUAAAACAAAAAUUUGGAAAUGGUGGUUCAAUUUGUGCAUGCCAAAUUUGAAUUACUUUUACAAAUAGAAAGAAGAGUUGAAAGAAGGUCUGGGCUUCUACAAAUAUAAAUAGAAAGAGAAAAAGAAGAGUUGAAGUACAGGCUAUAAUACUUUAUAUAGGAAAUACUUAUAAAAAAAUACUUAAUAUAGGAAAUGUCUGUCAUAUUAUAACUAUGAAUGCAAUGAAUUUGUGUUUUGGUAAUACCCUGUGAGAGAAACCAAUCAAAAAUAGGUAAUACCCUGUGAGAGAAACAUGGAUAAUAGAAAUUAAUAGAAUGUUGGAAUUUCUUAUUUGUUUUUGUUAGAAGAUGUGGAAAGCUAUCAAAAUUAAUGAGAAAAUGAUAUGUUUUUCCACGAUAUGAAGGUUCACAACUUUAUGUGGGCUGUUGAUGGAACAUGAUUCUUUUCUUGUUUUGCCCAGCUAGAUGCAUCUCGUAUUCAAAUUAAAUUUUUUCAUCACAAUUCCUCAUUCUGGCUUCUUUGUUUUACAUGUGGUAGUGGAAGCAGAUGGAUAGUUACAUUGUCUAUCUUGGUAUUUGUAUAACUUGUUGCUGUUUGGAGAGUCUUCUGUUUUCAUGAGCUUCAUGAGCACCUUAAAGAUCUGUACACGUAUGAUUGAUGGUAGUCAUGCCAAUUUUGAAGCAUGUUGCUCGAUUAUGCCAAAAAGUUUGUUGAUUAGAGAUGUCGCUCGGUUUGUAAGCAAUUGUCAGUGGGCAUAUCUGACCUUCGUGGAAUUUACCUUGUGUAUAGAAAUUCAACAAAAAGAGAGUAAUAAAAUAAUUGGAGCAAAAGAUUAAGAGUGGUGUGAGGGUGCAAUAUAAUGCAUGCUCUUCAUAAGAGAAAUGGAAAAACUCUUUCUUCCCAUUGUACGGGAAGUGAGCAGGUGAUGGGGGCCAUUGGUUGUCCUUUUGUCGCUCGAUUGUGACAUUUGCUUCAUGUGAUAAAAGGUGGAGCUCACAAAGGUUAUUCUUAACAAUGUAUGAGACGGAAAAGUCGUUCUAUUUCCCCAAGACGCCGCAGAAGUCGUUCACCUUUUAGACGUCAUAAAAGUCGUUCUUCAACCCCAAGACAUUAUAAGAGGCAUAGGAGUAGAAGUUCCUCCUCAUCUCCUGUUCGAAAAUCUUCAAGUUCAAGUCUUGGGUCCAUAGAGCAGAAAAAUGCGAGUGAAAAAUUGAGAUUAGAAGAAGAUGAGAGGAAAAGGCGACAACAGGAAGCAGAAUUGAAAUUGAUAGAAGAAGAGACUAUGAAUAGAGUUGAAGAAUCAAUCCGUAGGAAAGUUGAAGAGUGCAUCAACUCCGAGGAGAUUAAGCUGGAAAUACAGAGGCUGUUGGAGGAGGGGCGGAAGAGACUUCAUGACGAAGUUGCAGCUCAGCUUGAGAAAGAAAAGGAAGCUGCCAUUAUUGAGGCUAGACAAAAAGAGGAGAAGGCUCUUAGGGAGAAAGAAGAGCUGGAAAGGAUGCUGGAGGAGAACCGGAGGAGAAUAGAAGAAGCUCAGAGAAGGGAAGCUCUAGAGCAGCAGCGGCGAGAGGAAGAACGGUACCGGGAGCUAGAAGAGAUACAAAGACAGAAAGAAGAGGCUAUGUGGAGAAAGAAACAGCAAGAAGAGGAAGAGCGGUCAAACCAGAUGAAAUUGUUGGGUAAGAACAAAUCCCGUCCAAAAUUGUCGUUUGCACUGGGCUCGAAGUGAACGUUGGUGGAAAUUUGGUUUCAUUUCUCUCUUUCUUUUUAAUCAUAUAUGCUGGACUUAAUUUCGUGUUCACAUUGUUAAUUUGUAAAAAAUAUGAUCCUUAAUGAGGUCUUUGGUGUGAUUAAUGCGAUUUUCCCUCGUGAUUUCUAAAUUUUA